AUGGCGCCGGUCGGCGUGCCACCAACCGACGCCAAUGUCACCAACUCAUUGGCGCACCAUCACACCAACGACAAAACGACCACAACGAUUUCGACAAUUGCAGUUCGAGCUGGCGUGAACGCUUCGAUAGUCAUCGCUCUUCUAAAGAGCGCUGAUUAUAUUCAACUGCGCGUCGACGAAAUGCAACCAAAAUUAUUGACGAUCGGUGCUUCCGCUCGGGAGACGCAAGGAUUGUUGAGCAUCCAUGACGAUCUGAUGAGGCGUCUCGACGACAAAAGCGAUCAAGUCGCCGCGUUGCUGGAUCGCGCUGAUCAUCUGAGCGGCGAAAAGAGCGACCCGAACGAAGUGAUCAUUUACGACGACAUGGCGAAAAGCCUCCGCGAGACGUGGUCAACAUUGAAUCGGCAGCUCAUUCUUCGAGGUUAUCUGCUUCGCGAGACGCUGCACUUCUACCAGAUGGCCGACAAACAUCAAGAGCUUGCUGAUCGAACGGCUCAGAUUGUCGCGAAAUACAAUUCGGAGAAUUCGAGACAAUUGCAAUCGGGUGUUGAUCAACUAAUCAACGACAUUAUCGACGUGACCGCCGCCGUUGUCGAACUCGGCUCAUCGGUGAUCACCCAGAUUCGAACCAUCGGGCACGUCGAUGACAAUCCGGAGCGUCCGCAAGAGAUUCUCCAAUCUUGCGUUUUCAUUGAGAAUGUCAUGCUAAGGGUUGCCGCCGAUUGGGAGCGAUCCGAACAAUCUUGGCAACAGCGAAAAGUCGAAGUGGAGAAGCACGAGAGAAAAACGACGACCACCGAAGACGAGCUGGUUGUCAUCGAGCAAUGGUUGACAUAUGCUGAAAAACGAGUGAAAGCGCUGAAUGAGAGCGGUCAGAAGCAGGUGUUGAAGGAGGGAAAUAAUCAUAUUGCUCGCCUUCGUGAGAUUGCUCAGAGUCCCGACACCGAUGGCGGUCGCGUUUCUCAUCUGUCGGGAAGAAUUGAGGAAUUCCUACACUAUCUGAAGACGAGAAUGAACCGAUCGCAACGCAUUCAGUCGUUUAUUCAAGCCGCCAAAUCGAUGAUGUCCCAAUUGACGAUGAUGGCGUCGGAUAUGAAGAAUGCGAACGCUGCGAUGGCCGGAGAGCUGGCGCCAUUGGCGAAACAAAAAACGCAACCAUUGGUGGCCGAAGGCAAAGAAAUUGCUGCCAAGGAAGUGUUGAAUUAUGAGGAGCAACGAUUGGUGCGACAGCUUUGCCAGGAUCUUGAGCUCAAGCUUAACGAGAUUUUGGAGUUGGCCAAGCAGCGAAAAGCGUCGGGAAUAACGAAUGAGAAGUUGAGCACAAUAAAAGCUUGGCUCGAUGGUCCGGCGGCGGCAUUUUUGGCGCAAAAGGGUGACAUGGGUGGCAAUUUGAAUGACGCUCGCGAGUUUGUCAAUGCUCACAAGCAAUUCUCGACGGAAGUUUUGAAUCGCGACGCCGAUCUCAUGGGCCUUCUUUCGUCGCGUUCGCAAAUGUCGCCGGACGAGGAUCAAGAGUUGACGGCGUUUGUGAAGAGCUAUGAGAAAGUCAAAGAUAUUCUGGAGAAUCGCAUUCAAAUCGGCACGACGUACGAGCAGGUUCACAAAUUUGGCAAAGAUCUCGAGGGCUCGUUCGACGCGCUUCAAACGCUGCUCGAAAACAAUCAGGAGUACACGAACGAGAAGGUGUGCGGACAAAUCGCCAACGUGUUCCAGAUGAUUCAGGAGACGUUGACGCAAGAGAAGCAUCAAGCGGAGAAGUUCCUCGCGAACGCCACCCAAAUCGGCAAAGACGAUGAAUGGCUGAAUAUUCGGCGAGCCGGCGAGUCGGUGCAGAACAUGAUCAUCGAUCACGAGAAUCGAUUGAAGUACGUGCAAUUGAAAUGGAACGAGUGGCAACGCGACAAGAACGCGCAGACGUUGGUCGAGCGCGUCAUCGAGGAGAUCCAAAUGUGGCAGCAAGAGGUGCUCGAGUUCAUUGCGACUGUCGACCGAAACACGACAAUGAGUCGGGAUGAAGCCGAAGAGUACAAGAAGAGAUUGCUCAAGUACAAAUCGGCGGUUGAUGGGGAGCUUCUUCGAAUGGAGCAAUUGAAGAAUGAGACAUUGAAUGAGGAGCAACUGAGUCGAAUCAAUGUGCUCAUUGAUAAGCAAGAUUACAUCAAGAAACGAUUGGAGCAGCUUGAAGCCAAGCUCGAGCUUACAUCGGUUCUCAAAGUUGUCGAGGAUGUCCAAAUUUGGCAAGAGGAAAUGGUGGAAAUCAUUCGCAAUUUGAAUCAGGUCAUUUCCACUCAAACCAAUAAUCAGGAGCAAUAUGAGCACGUUCGUCGCAAAAUUGACGACUUGAAUGUGGCCGUCGAUCGCAAAUCGGAUUAUUUGGAAUCGUUGCGAUCAUUGUCCCAGAAUGACGUCUACCAGAGCCAGCUGCAGAAGACGAUUUCGAAUCAGGAGCAAAUCCGAAAGACGACGCACGAGCUUCAGCAGAAGUUGGAACUCUCGAAAUUGAUUCGGGUCGUCGAGGAGAUCCAAAUGUGGCAGGAGGAGGCCAUCGAGAUCAUUCGAAUGAUCGACAAGAGUCGGCCGGGAAGUGUGCAAGAGGCCAAUGAGCUCAUCGACCGUGUUGGCGAUCUUCGCGAGACGAUCGAAUCGAAAUCGUUGCGAAUCGGCGAGAUCAAGCGAAUGUCGACGAUACCGGAGUUCACGCGCAAAAUGGACGAGGUCGAGCACGUGCAGGAGCAGAUUCGCCAUCUCGCCAUUGAGCUUGAUGAGAAGAUUCGAGAGGAGAAGCUCGUUAAAGUCACCGAACAGGUGCAAAUGUGGCAGGAAGAGAUGACGGAGAUUAUUCGGAUGUUCGACACGACGCCGAUCAGGACCGUUCAAGCGGCCGACGAGCUUCAGGAGAAGGUGAAGCUUGUGAGGGAAGCCAUUGAUUUGCAGCAGCCAAAGAUUGAGGAAGUGGUCGCGAAAGCGCAAACCGAUCGAUUGAAGACGCAGAUCGCUCAAGUCAUUCAACAUCAGAAUCACAUCAAGCAGAUGACGGAAAAACUCGAGCGCAAGGCAAUCGAGGCGAAUAUCGAGUUGUCGAAGCCGCAAGAAACGAUUGAAGAGACGAAGACCGUGGAUCUCACGCGAUUCGAGACCACCGAGAUCACAUUAACACCCGAGGAGAAGAAGGAGCUUCAAAUUCUCAAGAAGAUCGUCGAGGAAAUCCAAAUGUGGCAGGAGGAGAUCGUCGAGAUCAUUCGACUCGUCGACAAUUCGCCGAUGCGAACCGUACAAGAAACGGAGGACGUCGUCAAACGCGUUCACGAGAUUCAGCAGACCGUCGAAGCGCAAAAUGUGAGAAUCGAGGAUGCGGCGAGGUUCACGAAAGACGAGACCUUCAACAAGACGAUCGAGGAGACGAGAACGAAACAAGCUCAGGUUCAACAGUUGGUCAAGGAAUUAUACGAACGAGUAAGGAGAGCCGCCGAGCAGAAUCUCAUUGUUAAGAAGCACGAGGUGGCGCGUCAGCGUGUUCGCGCUCCGCAAAUUCUCAAGAAGCUCGAGGACUCGGAGGUGGAAGAGGGCGCUCGGUUCGAGUUCGCCGCUCGAAUCGAAGGCGAACCCGAGCCGGUGAUCUCGUGGCUCAAAGACGGCAUCGACGUGAAGAGCAACAUCGACUAUCGUCAGGAGUACAUCAACGGCGUCGCCACAUUGGUGAUUGAGGAGAGCUUCAUCGAGGACACGGCCACCUACACUGUCAAAGCGACGAAUCCCGGUGGGAUUGCGGAGAGCAGCGCGCAUUUGGUUGUCAAGUCUCGAAGUGCAAUGUCAUCGGCAAUUCUCGACGAGGACAAACCGCGAUUUGUCAAGCAGAUUCAGAAUGUGCAGGUCAACGAGGGAACGACGGCCACACUUGAUUGUGUGGUGAUUGGAAGGCCCGAGCCGGAAGUGGCUUGGUUCAAGGAGGAGGUCGCUGUGAAGGAGAGCGAUAGGGUCCAUCUCACAUUCAGCGGCGAUCACUGCCAGAUGAUCAUUGAGAACACGAUUCCAUUGGACAGCGGUGUUUAUACAGUUCGCGCGAAGAAUGUCCAUGGCGAGGUGGCCAACUUCUGCCAGCUGCGGGUGAUACCGAAGAAGACGGCGCCGAUGGCACCGCCGAAGCCGCGCAUCAUGCAACGACCACCGUCGAUUCAGCCGCAACUCACCAACACCGUCUGGCAGGAGGGCGAGACGGCGACACUGCAAGUGUUCGUUCAGGGCGAGCCGAAGCCUGACGUCAGAUGGAUGUUCAACGACGCGCCGCUUCAACAGCAGACAACGGAGGUGGUUGUCACCAGUCAGGAGGACGGAUGGCAUCGUGUGACGAUUCCGCACAUCUCGCCGACGCACACUGGAAUGUACACGGUGAUCGCUGAAAAUGAGAUGGGCGAGGCCGUCAGCGGUGCGACGGUUCAUGUUCAGCCAUCGUUGAAUCAACGCUCGGUGACCACCGAGCAGCACUUCCAGGAAGACGUCGCUGAGCUAAUUGGCCAACCGGUUCAGAAGACAGUGAUCACGACGACGAAUCGGGAAUAUCAGCGGACGGAUUUCCCGCAACCGCGCGAGCCUGAGAAGAUUGUCGACGACAAGCGUUGGGUUGAAGUCAUCGAGCAACACUUUGAAGAGCAUCUGUCGCAGGCGUCGACGUCGCCAAUUCCGCAAAUCACCGAACGCAAACGGGUCGAAUCGCAACAGCGAUGGGUUGAUACCAUUGACGAGAUCUGGUCGCCAGUUCGCGAGACCGAAGUCAGAGAGAGUCGCACGUCGACGGGAAUGGAUCACUACAGCGCGCAUAAUGUGUAUCAGCAAUCGCAGCCGAUCAUCCAACAAUCCAACACCACCACGACGACAGUUUCGCACAUCGGACAAUCGCAUCAGCCGACUCAGCCGGAUAUAAUUCAGACCGUCACCACUGACGAAUCGAAGAAGACGAUGAACGUCGCGACGAUUCGGCAGUCUCCACAACGAGAAGUGCACGAAGCGCGCACAACGCCGGGACCCACGUCGGAGCACGUCGCGACAAUUCGACAAUCGCCAGUGCCGGAGACUCAUCGAUCAACAAUCACGAGGCGAUCGCCGUCGGUUGAGAAUGUCGCCAAGAUUCGACAGUCGCCAAUUCCCGAGACUCAUCGAUCUACCAUCACGAGGCGAUCGCCGUCGGUUGAGAAUGUCGCCAAGAUUCGGCAAUCACCGGUACCGGAAACUCAUCGAUCAACGUUGACGCGAAAAUCGCCGUCGGUUGAGAACAUUGCCAAAUAUCAGCCGGCAACGCAGCCCGACGUUCAUCAGGCGACGACGGCGUCUCGUCAACCAGUCGCCAAUAUCGCGCAAGUCCAUCAUCCGGCGAAUCCCGACGUUCAACAAACCAUCACCAACAUGCCAAAGAUUGAUCGCAUCGACGACAUUCUUGCCGCUCCACAAGAGGAGAAGGUGACGACGACGGUUCGUCAAACGAUCACAACCACCGGCGACGUCGACGAGCAGCGUCAAGAGCAGCCGACGAAGACGACGCAGCAACAAGCGACGACCGUCACCGAAACCACGGACAAUGAGGGAUGGGUGCGUCAUCAGCAUCAAGAUUUCGUCGAGCCGCACAAGUCGACGAUCACCAUCAAGAAGCUGGAUGUCGAUGAGACGGAGAGAAUCACACAACAGAAUAUUGGACGACCUGCUACUACCAACAAGUACGAGCAUGCUGAGGAAGAGCAUGUGGUUAAGCAGGAGUCGAAGAUCCCAAUCCGUCAGGAGCCGAAGACCACGAUGACGGUUACCGAGACCACCACUGGUGAAGGUUGGGUUCAGCAAGUUGAUCAGAAUAUUGAGCAACCGCAUCUCAAUAAGAUUACGGUGAAACGACUAGAUAUUGAAGAGGAAGAAAAUAUUAGAAAAAAUUUGGAACGCGCUCAACAACAGCAGAUUCAGAAGACACGAGAAGAAGAGGAGGAAGGUUCGAGAACUCGAAUCGAAUCGAGAAUACCGGUGCCGAAAACGACCAAGACGGUUACUGAGACGACGUCUGGGGAAGGAUGGAUUCAGCAAGUGCGUCAGGAAGGCGAUCAACCUUCUCAGAUAACGGUGAAGCGAUUAGACAUUGAUGAGGAGAGUAGCGUCAAUCGGCAGAAGGCAACAAUGAUUCAAGAGGGCACUGAGAAGCAUCAGGAGUCGCGAAUUCCGAUUAAGCGAGAGCCGAAGACGACGACGACGAUCAACGAGAGCGUGUCGGGCGAGGGAUGGGUUCAGAAUGUGCACACCGAUUUUAGGAAUCCGCAAGCAUCGACGGUUGUCGUGAAGAAGUUAGGAAUUGAGGAGGAGGCGACGAAAGCGGGUAGUCGACCGAUUAGUAUGGAAUUCAAGAAGCUGACUGACGAUGAGAGUUCAGUUAGGCAACGAGAUAGUUUUAUUAUGGCAUCUGACAUCGAGGGAUUCUGGACGGAUGGCGCCUACACAGCAUCGCCGACACCACCGCCGGUGCCGCUGCAUCGCAGCACCGCCGAGGACAAUAUGCAGCGGAUCGGUCUCUCGCGAACGACAACCGAGCCGGAGUUCAUCAAGGCGUUCGAACGAGAAUACACCGUCGAGGAGGGCGGUCGAAUCGCGAUCGAGUGCAUUCUCGUCGGCAAUCCGAAGCCCGCCACUCGCUUCUUUUUCAACAACAAAAUCGUCACCGAGAAGACGGAAUUCCUGAAAAUCUGUCACGUCAAUGACACUUACUCGAUAAUCAUUAGUCCGGCGAGAUUGGAGCACGCCGGAUAUUACAAGAUGAUCGCCGAGAACAAGAGGGGAAUCACCGAGACGCUUACGGUACUCCACGUGAGACCCAGAUCGCUUCAAGAGUACCAACAGAAGCAGCGACAAUUGCCGAAGCCGACCGAGCAUGUUACGGUCGAGGAGGAGUUCGCCAUGUUCGAAUAUGAGCAGCGACGUCCAUUGAAGCACGAGGCGAGCAAAUUGGCGACACCGCCGCCGGCGAAACGCAUUCAGCAGAUUCACAAAAGCGACGAGGAGCACUUGGAGCAGUACGAUAUGGAAGGCCAAAAGGCCGUCGGCCAUCCGCCGCACUUCACGCAGACGCUCGUGUCGGUGGUGGUCGCCGCCGGCGAGGCGACCAAAUUCGAGGGCAUCGUCACCGGAUGGCCGGCGCCGACCGUCGAGUGGACGAUCGACGGACGGCCGCUGGACAUGCGCGACGUGAAAGUGUCGAACAUCGGCGGACGCGUUUCGCUCAACUUCGCCAAUUGCCAAUUGGCGCACGCCGGCAAAUACAUGUGCACGGCGAAGAAUUCGAGCGGGGUGGCGACGAGCAGCGCCCAGCUUGUCGUUAGACCCAAAACGAUCGCUCCGGAUUUCAUUCAGCGGCUGAUCAGCGAGGAGAUCGAAGAAGGCCGCCAAUUGAAAUGGACGGUGCGUGUGACCGGCGAUCCGAUGCCAAAGGUCACGUGGCUUCGCGACGGCUACGAAAUUCCCGAUUGCGAGGAGGUUCGCAUCAUCGAUGAGGGAAAUGGAUAUCAUUCGUUGAUAAUAGUGAAGGUCGAAGGCGCCGACAGCGGCCAAUUCACGUGUCUCGCCGAGAAUCUCGCUGGCGAGGCGCGAAGCACCGCCGAUCUCGUCGUUCGACCGCCCGGAACGACGCCCGGAAAUUAUUUCCACGUCACAAAAGUCACACAAGAGGAACAGACCGAAGGAUCGCAACCAACGACUUCAAGUGCUUUCGCGAUUGAGACGCCGCAUCCCAAACAGAGUGAACUGCUAUAA